GUGGAGAUCAAAUCUUUGCGGGGUUCAGAUCGCGCAGCUCCUCUGCACACUCACUCAGACGGAUUAUUUCUCACAGAUUUGUAUUGUGCACAGCUCAAAGAUGCCUCGCUCCUUUCUGGUGAAGAGUAAGAAAGCGCACAGUUACCACCAGCCCCGCAGUUUAGAGGAUGACCACAACCGGCUGGACACUAUACUGGCACAAAUAUGCUCAGACGCAGAGAAGCUCCCAGAGGAGGCGGACCUGUGUGUGGAUCUGUCUGUGGACAGGUACGGGUUCUCUCCAGACUCUCACCUGGCUGAUACUGCUCAUUUCUCCCCAAAGUCUCCUCUGAGCUGCGCCGACAGUCUGUGCGUUCGAUCCCCGGACUACGAAGACUUCUGGAGGCCUCCGUCCCCCUCUGCAUCACCGGUUGAUUCGGAGAAAUCGCUGUCCCCUCUGGUGGAUGACAUCCAGCCCUUCACCGUCCCCUUCCGGCCCUAUGCGUGGAGCAGCUUCACGGGGCCCGGGCUGAGGUCCUUGGUGCAGCAGGGCCUCCAUCCGGGCGUGGAGGUGGACACUGGCCCGGCGGCUAUUCCCUUUUAUGGGGACAGGAGCUCCCUGUACACGGAGCAGGCUCUGGGAGAGGAGACCUACAGGAGGCAAGCUGCUGCUGCUGCUCUGCUGUUUCCUGAGAGAAGACUGCAUGGAAAAAACCAAGAAGUGAAGGCCUCGUCUAACCUGCUGUGCUCCAGUCUGAUCCUGAAUGGUGCUUAUAAGUGUGUGGAGUGUAGUAAGGUGUUCUCCACUCCGCACGGUCUGGAAGUGCACGUCCGCAGGUCUCACAGUGGCACUCGGCCGUUCGCGUGUGAAAUCUGCGGCAAAACGUUCGGACACGCAGUGAGCCUGGAGCAGCACAAAGCCGUGCACUCGCAGGAAAGAAGUUUCGACUGCAAAAUAUGUGGUAAAAGUUUUAAGAGGUCGUCAACCCUGUCGACGCACCUCCUCAUCCACUCUGACACCCGGCCCUACCCGUGUCAGUACUGCGGCAAGAGGUUCCACCAGAAGUCAGACAUGAAGAAACACACGUUCAUUCACACAGGUGAGAAGCCUCAUAAGUGCCAGGUGUGUGGGAAAGCGUUCAGCCAGAGUUCCAACCUCAUCACACACAGCCGGAAACACACCGGAUACAAACCUUUCGGCUGUGACAUGUGCGGGAAAGGCUUCCAGAGAAAAGUAGAUCUGCGGAGGCACAAAGAGACGCAGCACGGAAUCAAAUGAAGCGCAGAGCGUCAAUUUGAUGGACACGAACCGCGCCUUUCACCGCACACAUCAUGUCAUAUAAUCUGAGUCUUUAUUUUUUAAAAUAGAGAGAGACAUAUGAGACAUUUCGCUUGAGGACAUUUUUUUGGAUCCACUUUUAGCUUCAUAAAAACCUCAUAUAUGAAAGUGCAUUGGAUAUAUAGAGCUUUAUAAUUUAUUAUAGCCUAAUAAUGUAUUACCUACUGACUUGUUUGCAGUGUGGAGACCAUCAACACUACUUCUACUAACCUUCUGCAGAUCGUUCCAACGGUCCACAGACCCAGAGAUAAGCUGUGAACUGUCAAACAUGCAGAUCAGAUAGGAUGAAGCGUGAUAAGUUCAUUUCUCAUGUGUGUAUGUCGACUGAUAUGAAUCAUCUUUAGAAGGGAUUUCAAACCCAAAUAUUUGUACUUACACUUUAAAUAACCGGAUCGACAAUAAACCCACAAAGAAGCAGUGAUGGAAAUCUGCGUCUGUCCAAAGAACAGAGGAGCAUUUUUGUUUUCAGUUCGGACCUGCUGGCAAAACAGCCUGAGACUCACCAAGCUGGUAUCUCACACUUUUUACA